AUGGUUGUCAAGAUACGGUUAGCCCGCUUCGGGCGUCGCAAAGCACCGUUUUAUAACAUUGUUGUUGCGCAAGCUCGGACAGCGCGGAAUAGCAAGCCGAUUGAGGUCCUUGGCACAUACGACCCGAUUCCCAAAGCGCCAAUAGACGGAGAAGGGAAGAAGUGGAAAGAUGUCAAACUCGAUUCUGCGAGGGCAAAAUAUUGGCUUGGUGUCGGGGCGCAGCCGAGCGAUCCUGCGUGGAGGUUAUUGAGUAUGGCUGGAUUAUUGGAGCCGAAGUAUCGACCGAAGGCUUGA